UCGCCGUCAGUCAGCCAGCAAUCAGUUCGCGUGAGUCGCGCGAUUGGAACACAGGAAAAACCGUCCUGCAACGUUCAAAAAAAGGCGACGGCGUAUUAUACAGCGUGUUCGCGCGACGCGGUCCAUAUUUAUUCAAUUACACGCUGCUCCUUUUCGUAAAAAAUAAACCGUAUAUUUAGUUUCGUGGGUUAACGCGAAAGAAAAUUGGGGUUGCGUUUACCCUCGACCAGGGUAAAAUGAAUUUCCUCAACGCUAGUCUACUUCCCGCUUUAAUUUCGUUAUUAAUUAGUGUUAAGUGCAUCGACUGUGAUAUAACCCUAUCCGUUCAUGACGUUUCCUUGAAAGUCGACCACAACGCCACCGUCCAGCUGAUAUUAAAUGGCACCGGCACAGAAGACAGACUCCAUUUUGUCGUCCAACAUGGCGAUAUAGCGGAGGUAGUGCCCAGCGAUGUCGUCUUGACAGCCGAGGUCACCAACAUCACCGUGAUCGCCAAGUCGGCAGGAAGAACCCAGAUUUACGCGAACUCGACGAACAAUUCGACGAACGUCGGCGAUGUGUAUUUGAGGGUGACCGUGUAUCUUGUCGAUGUCUUGGACACAGUUUCGACCGCCAUCGGUUGGCUGUACUUCGUCGCAUGGUCCGUGUCCUUUUACCCGCAGAUUUACAUCAAUUGGAGCAGAAAAAGCGUGGUCGGACUCAACUUCGAUUUUCUGGUGCUCAAUAUCGUCGGAUUCACGUUGUAUUCUAUUUUCAACUUGGGACUAUACUACAUACCGGAAAUCAAGGAAGAAUACUCGAACCGAUAUCCGAGAGGUCUGAAUCCGGUACAAGUGAACGACAUUUUUUUCGCGGUACACGCGACCGCCGCCAGCCUCAUCACAAUUUUCCAGUGUUUCAUCUACGAAAGGGAAGGCCAAAGGGUAUCGACCACCGCAAGGGCGAUUCUGGGCUUCUUCGGGUUGUUUAUAUUGAUAAGUAUCGUGUUGUCCGCGACAGCGGUCAUCCACUGGCUGGACUUUUUAUAUUAUUGCUCCUACGUCAAACUGACGAUCACGUUGAUCAAGUACAUUCCUCAGGCUUACAUGAACUAUAAACGAAAAAGCACAGUGGGAUGGAGCAUCGGCAACAUAUUGCUUGAUUUCACAGGAGGAAUUCUAAGCAUGUUACAGAUGAUAUUGAAUUCUUAUAAUUACGAUGACUGGGUAUCAAUAUUUGGCGAUCCCACGAAAUUUGGACUCGGUCUCUUUUCCGUAGCGUUUGACAUAUUUUUCAUACUUCAACAUUACGUUUUCUACAGACAUACCCAAUAUAUAAUGAGCUGACGAUAAAUUCUUGAACAUCACUUUUAACCAAUGCAAUGACAAUUUCUGACCUUGGAACGACCUUUGCUUACGCUUUGGUCGCCUAUUAAUUUUUUGAAGUAUUAUUUCGAUAUUGUAAUAGUUGAAUUUGUUAUACAUUCCUGUUUUGUUUCUUUAUAGUUAUAUUAAGUGUUCCACGGAUCUACAUUUUUGAUUACUAUAUGCAUAUAAGCCAAUAAAAAUGUA